AUGUCCAGCUUCCCUUCCGCCCAUGCUAAUUCCUCUCCUGGAGCUCUGGUGACACCUGCGCCGUCUGCCCACGAUGAUUCGAGUGCGCGCAAUCAAUCCAAUCAGGGCGACCAGGCUGCCUCGCACGCUCCCGGCCCCACGGGCUCCUCGCUCCCAUCCCCUAAGCCUCCCUCUCCUCCCCGCUCCCCGACAAUAAAACCUUCCCGGGCUUCCGUUUCUUCUUCUGUUGCCGUGAAACAUCGUGCUGCUACAACUCCUGUAGAACAGGUCCGCACCUCCGCGUCCUCCUACCGCGCCCAGAGCCCCCAAUUGUCCGAGAGAGACAGCAUCUUCGCCACGCACUAUCUGCCCUCGGACAGCGAUGUGAUCUCCCCAGCGCACGGCGUUGACGUUGUGGCCGACGGAAAGAGCGAUCCUCGUCGUCCGUCUGCUCUCCGACAUCAGCUUCCCGAGGAAGAGAGACCAUGCCCGCCUAGAAAGGUGAAAAGCUUCCCAAUCCGGCAGAAUGUCAGCACUCUCUCCGCGUCACUCAAUCCCGCGAGGAAGGACGUUUCCACCGCAAACGGUCGAGAUAUCUCCAGUUGCUCUUCGGCUCGUCCGAUAACCCAGUACCGCAGCCCUCAUCCGCCUACUCCUCCUGCUCCUACUCCUCUUUCUCGUGGCUCCCGCGUCUCCUUCGCAGAAUCCUCCUCCUCACAACUUGCCGAUCGCCGAAACGAGGCUGGUGGCAGUACGAUGCUCAUUUCAGAAGGCUUGUUCGCCUACGACGGUGGCAACUCAGCUUCUGUGCGCAAGUCGUUGCAUGAUUUCGGUCGUUCGGCCCACGAUUCUCUGCCAGGCCACCGUCCAGACCGGAGCUCAAGCAAAACCGGAUCUUCUCGCGUCGAAAAGUCCAUCGAGGCCAACCUAACCAAUGCCGAGCCUACCUCAAAUGUUCGAAGUCGGAAAUCGAGCCACUAUUUAGGCCUGUUCAAAGAAAACACAACCGCCCCCGAGCGGAAGAAACGGGAAGAUAAGCCUGCUGAUCGCCAGGACCGACGACCUAGGAAUGAAUCGGAUCGUUCACCCACCAAAUCGACUCCACCUAUUGAAUUCCGCGUUCCGCCCUUUACCCUAGGGGAUACAUCCGUCACUAGACCCUCGAGCCCUGAACGUCGACCGCAGUUCAAUUCUUUCCGAUCUCAGCCGGAGGUCCCGCGAGCAAGAGCUCACCGCAAGGAUCAUAUUCCCACAAAAGCUGUGAGUGACUCUUCUACCCAAGAGUGUAUGGCACCUCCACUUGUACGUGUUCGUACCGAUCUUCAAGUCGUUCCCCCUGAGGAAUUGAAGGAAAGCCAAACUUGCCCGAUUCUGCCACCCAAGUCCGCGCUAUUUGAAUCUUUGUCCUGCAGUGUCCCAUCCUCCUCGCACAGUCGACAAAUUGGGAUUCAGUUUGGAGUAGACGGGACCGUGGACCAUCCGGAGCCAGAAGAAGAGCAAAAUCGCACACCGGACACGUCCGAUGGCUACGAAGACGAAGAUGAAGAAACGGAACGCAUAUCCUCUGCGCUAUACUUUCCCCAUCAGAGACCUCUCGAUGAAUCCUCCCCCUUGGAAAAUGAAUCCGGAGACGCCUUGCAGACUGAGCAAACUGUUGUCAGUGGUAGGGCUACUAUACGCCAAGAACCAUCUGGGGCCAAGCCUUCCAAUCACGUCGACAUCUCGUUGUUAUCAAAGGAUGACAACAGUAUUCUCCAUGGAGAGUUGCGACAGCCACCAGAGACUGCUAUUAGCGACGACGACCGUUCGCUAGCUUCUAUUUCGGAACUAGAAACCGAGUCUGCUUCAGAAUUUGAGCCUAUUUCUGCCGAUGAUAGCGCGCUAUCAAGUAAGGAGGACGAAUCGUCAGAUGAAGCGGCGACAACUCCAACAACUUUGGGAACCAAGGGGCUUUCAACUCACCUUCGUAAACGCUCCCAGCAUACACGACCUGCGCCGGCUCCUCUCGGUGCUGUUGAACUCAAACCGUAUCGGCAUCAAGUUGGCGGACAUACCACAGUGUUCCGGUUCUCGCGACGAGCAUUCGUAUACAUUCCUUCAUUGUAUAUCGGGGUGUUAAACGUUACGUUUUCCAAAGGGCCCAAGCGUAAGCAGACAGUUGAGGAGCUUGCGGGGAAUGGUGUUGGAAAGAUGCCAGAAAAGUCCACUCCUCCUACUGCUCAAGAGCAUGACAAGAGGGAUCACGGCAAACACACAAGCUCAAAGUCCCUCGGCGACCAACCAAGAAUCUUCAGUCAACAACAAGUUACUGGCGUUAUCCCCAAAGUGAUCCUCGAAAAUAACCGCCAUAUCAUCCCAAUGGACCUGUUCAUGACCCCUCAUUCUCCUACCAAUGGCCGGGUGUUGCACCAAGUUAGGUCAUCUGAGCCGAUUGAAGCGAGCAUCCCUUGCCCUUCUAGCAAGGCAAUAAGCUGGGGUGCGACUACUGUCAAUACUAAAUUACAGGAGCAAGUAUUGCGAGAAGUUUUUGCUCCGCCUGUUAUCCAUCGGCACCGUCGACACACCAAAGCGCCCUUACCAAAACUUCGAUCACGGGCAACCCAUCCCAAAGACCUUCAUACAAUAGACGGUUCGUCUAAGAAACAUUCAGAUUCUCGAGGAGAUCGCGGCGAAUCUCUCCCAGAUUCAUCAUUAUCGCGUCCAUCAAGUGAAAAGCCCAGUCUAUCAUCCUCUGCAUCCACCGUUGUUGGAGCGAACGGCCAUCUUCUAGAGCUAACCAGGUCUGAGAGUUCACGUCCGCCAAGCCUACCGCGCGAUACCCUUCAACGACGCCGUCGACAUUCUGGGAGUGGCCUUGAGCGACAACGAAGUAUGAGUACCAAUCAGCCUGGAGAUCUUCUCUACUUCGAGGAUGACGGUUACGGGGGAGACAGGGAAGACGAAAUCUUUAAUAUGGAAUCUGAUGAGACGCCCAAACUCUCUUCCAACGUUGCAGCCUUACAUCUAAAUCAAAACGGCGCUUCCAAACGCGAAAACAACCAUGGGUCCACAAACGGUGAUAAUGAGGUGACUAUGCCUGUUACUCUUGGAACAAACUCCGGUGAACCGAUUCGUUUGCCCGUCAACCCGAAGGAGGCGCAAACAACACGAGACGAACGCGUUCAGUUCUUCUUGCUUCUGGAAGAUCUCACUGCCGGUAUGAAUAAGCCUUGCGUUCUCGAUUUAAAAAUGGGCACCCGUCAGUACGGAAUUGAAGCAGAUGAAAAGAAGAGAAAAUCCCAAAGACGUAAGUGCCAGACGACCACAUCAGCGCAACUCGGAGUACGCCUUUGCGGAAUGCAAGUAUGGAAUGUUAAGAAACAGGAAUACUUGUUCGAGGAUAAAUAUUUCGGUCGUGACCUCAAAGCAGGACGGGAGUUCCAGGACGCAUUGACCCGGUUCUUGUACGACGGUGUCAGCUACAGCAGUGUGAUGAAAAAGAUUCCAGUUAUUUUAAACCAGCUAUCUCGACUCGAAAACAUGAUCCGUGGGCUUCCUGGAUACCGAUUUUAUGCAAGCAGUUUGCUUAUUCUUUAUGAUGGAGAGAAGGUGCCGUCUCCGGGCGAUCCUCCUAAGAUAAAAAUUAAUGUUCCACAACGAAACGGUGAAAAAGGCAAAGCUACCUUCGAGGAGUGCGAUGAUCACUCAGGGCUCCGAUUAAAAAUCGUUGAUUUUGCAAACUGCGUAACAGGAGAAGAUGGUAUUCCAGCAGAUACUCCAUGCCCACCGCACCAUCCGGACGAUGUGGAUCGCGGAUAUCUACGUGGGCUCCGUACUCUCCGGAUGUAUUUUCAGAGAAUAUUAAAAGAAAUCAACCGUGAGGAUUACGUGGAGCGAGGUGAAGGUGAAGCAAUGGCUCUUGGACCACGAACUGCAGGCCGUCAGGGAGCUGCCAAUGGCUAUUGGGAAGAUGGAGUCAUUGACAGCGAUCCCGGCGAAGUAAGCGUGUAG